UGGUCGCUUUUGGUGACGUAUUUCUUCUGUGCCCGUCGUAACCGCCUCUUUUGGUCGGUUUGAUUACGCAUUUCUUCCGCGCCCCCUGUGAUGUACUGACCUUCUUCGGUGGCUGAUCACCAACUGCUCAUAUAUCCUUGCAGACAGAUAUGGGUGACAUAGAGAAGGGCAAGAAAGUGUUUGUGCAGAAGUGUGCACAAUGUCACACAGUAGAAAAGGGAGGGAAGCACAAAGUGGGCCCUAAUCUGUGGGGUCUAUUUGGCCGUAAGACUGGUCAGGCAGAUGGCUUCUCCUAUACAGAUGCCAACAAAACCAAAGGCAUCAUCUGGGGAGAAGAUACCCUGAUGGAGUAUUUGGAAAAUCCCAAGAAGUAUAUCCCAGGAACUAAAAUGAUCUUCGCAGGCAUUAAGAAGAAGGGAGAACGUGCCGACCUCAUUGCAUACUUAAAGUCUGCAACAUCCUAGGGCUCCUAUAGAUUUAUUUACCUCCAUGCAAUGCUUUACUCUAAUAGCAGUUUUAACAGUAAUAAAAGCCAAAAAAAAAUUCUGUUGUCUAGAGUGACUCAACUGACUAGCAUUCUAAAGAGCAGCCAUAGGGUGAAGAGGAUGUGUUUGCAAGUCAGUGUAAAAGGGGGGUUCACUGUAGGCACCUGGCUGCCAGAGGACUUUGUAUUUGCUGCCCUGUGACUGUCACUUAUCCAACCCAUCCCCUAGCCUAAUUGAUGAAAAGUAUCCACUGAUGCUGCUUGAUUAAAACAGGCCAUUUAUUAUGGCUAAAGCCAGACGCUUCUAAAACAAACUGAUUAGACAGCCAUGUGCGUGACCAAACACCCCCCCCCACACACACACACACACACACACACACACAUGCGCAGCCACCUGUACCCACACACACACAGACCAUCAACCAAAAGGUGUUCACAGGAGGUUUCUGUUGCCAAAGAUGUUUUGUGGGUCUAGAUGCUCCUUCACAGACCUCAGCAUCCCCAAACCUACUUUGGAGAUGGUCUCCUGCAUCCACUGUUUCCGGAGUUUUCCCACUGAAGGGGGGAGAGGGGAAAUCAAAUUUCACCAUUAGGAACAACUCCAAACCCCUGACCCUCUCUGCUACUUUCACUGCGACAAACAGUCAGACUAUCCAAUCAACUCCCUCAUGAAAGAGGUACUCCCCUCACACCAGCCACUGUCAGCAAUUUACAACUGCCUGCCGUUUCUUGAUUGGCUGUGCAGCAGAGCCCUAAGUUCCCCAGCUCUGAUUAAAAAAAAAAAAAAAAAAAAGCUUCUACCAGCCACAGGCCAGGAGGACUUAAGGUCUCUAAGAAAGGAUCUAACUCACACUAACAGAAACAGGCCAAGGCAACAGUGUGUGUGUGUACCUCCAUGAUGGUGCGAGAGACUUCCCCCGUUGGCAAGAAUCUCCUCCCUGGCAGCAUGCUGAUGAGAACAGGUUCAGAGAGAUCAGAGAGCAGUCACCCUGAAACAGUUUGUCACAUCCAGAGCAUAACACAUCAGGACCUCUAGAAACUAGGGCCCCCCAGACUCAUCUUCACCUGCUUGUACAUGCACACCGGGGUCUGUAGAGCCCAAGACCCCCUGACUCACCUCCACCUGCUCGUACACGCGCAUGGGGUCCGAUAGGCCUCUGUAGUUGAAUGCAAAGUAGAAGUACACACAGGCACCAGCAUCAUAGAUUUGGGUCACUCUAUAUGAGCAGAUAGAGCAAGAGAGAAAAACCUGUUAGCACAGCAGACGGCACUGUUCAUAUAUACAGUUGGUUCAAUAAAUAUUUAGACAGUGACAGUUUUCGGUUAUGUACAUCACAAUAAUGGAUUUGAAAUUAAACAACUGAGAAGCAGUGGAAGUGCAGACUUUUGGCUUUAAUUCAAUGGGUUGAACAAAAAAAAUAUAUACAAAAUAAAAAUGUUAGGAACUGCAGUCAGUUUUAUGCACAAUCCCCUCAUUUCAUGGGGCUCAAAUGUAAUUUGUCAAAAUUUAAUAUAAAUGAAAAGAUUCAUUUGCAGGCAAUGACUGCCUGAAGUUUUGAACCUAUGGACAUUAGACACUGCAUUUCCUCCUUUGUAAUGCUUUGCCAGGCCUUUACUGCAGCAGUUUCAGUUGCUACUUGUUUAUGGGUCUUUCUGUCUGACGUUUAAUGUUCAGCAAGUGAAAUGCGUGCUCGAAUGGGUUGAUAUCAGGUUACUGACUAGGCCAUUAGAGAAAAUUCAACUUCUUUGCUUUAAUAAACUCCUGGAUGUUGUGAAA